AUGGCUGCCACUACAGGGCACUGCAUUGCAAGGUUCAUAGACCCAGAACCAAUGAAAUACUCCAUCUCAGCCAUUUCUAUUAGACAAUCUGUCAAUGUUUUCAAAAAAAGAAACCUGCUCUGUUCAAUGUCCAUGAAUGGUUGCCAAGGUGAACCCAGACUACCGGUGGGCACCGUCGAAACGCGCACUUUACCGGCAGUUUUGAGCCCUGCAUUGGCCGUGGACCGCCUCAAGUCCGCCGUGUCAGAAUUACAAUCCGACCCACCUCCGUUCGACUCUGGAAUCAUUCGCCUCCAGGUGCCAGUCCAAGAGCAGAUUGAAGCACUUGAUUGGCUUCAUGCCCAAAACCAGCUUCUACCACGCUGUUUUUUCUCAGGCAGGAGCCAAAGUGUUGGUUCUGAUUUACUUGUUGAUGUAAAUCAAAGAAUCAAUGGAAAAGGCCAUACUUCAUCUGAGGGGCACAAACUUAUCAGUGUCGCUGGCAUUGGUUCUGCUGUCUUCUUUCGCCAUCUCCAUCCAUUCUCAUUUGAUGAUUGGCGAUCCAUAAAGAGGUUCCUCUCUGAGAAAUGCCCUUUAAUUCGUGCUUAUGGAGCCAUCCGCUUUGAUGCAAGGGCUAACGUAUCACGUGAAUGGGAGGCUUUUGGUUCAUUUUACUUCAUGGUUCCACAGGUUGAGUUUGAUGAGCUUGAAGGAAGUUCAAUGCUUGCCACAACCGUUGCGUGGGACAAUGCCAUCUCAUUGACAUACGAAAAGGCAGUUGCUGCACUUCAGGCUACAAUGCAACAGGUCUCCUCUAUUGUCUUGAAGUCACAAAAUGAAGUACCUAGUACAUUCAUCCUCAGCAAUAAUCACAUUCCUGGUAAAACAUCUUGGGCUCUUGCAGUUAAUAGAGCUUUGCAGAUGAUAAACAGUAGCAACUCAUCCCUCAAUAAGGUUGUGCUUGCACAAAGCAGCAAUGUUAUGACCACACCUGAUAUUGACCCUUUAACUUGGUUGUCUUGCUUACAGGUUGAAGGACAAAACUCUUACCAGUUCUGUCUUCAGCCUUCUGAUGCACCAGCAUUUAUUGGGAACACUCCAGAGCGACUAUUUCACCGAAACAAGCUUAGCAUUUGUAGCGAGGCUUUGGCUGCAACCCGAGCUAGAGGGGGAUCGAAGGCCCUAGAUCUUCAGAUAGAACUUGAUUUACUUUCCAGUCCUAAGGAUCACCUGGAAUUUACUAUUGUGCGAGAGUGGAUCAGAAGAAAACUAGAGGCAA